AUGGCACAAGACCUAUCUGCUGCAAAGCCGUACAGCUGGCGUCACCCUCACCCUGAAUUAUCGCGCCUGGAUACCUUUCGGAGACACAUCAAUCGAGCAUACAAACUCGAUCUCAAGACAUAUGCGCAGCUCCAUAAAUGGUCUGUAGAUAAUAUAGAAGACUUCUGCAAAGAAACAUGGAUGUUUUGUGGUAUUAUCUACAGCCAACCGCCCGAUGAAGUUGCAAAUGGCAUCUCUGUCAUGUGGCCUCGGCCAGAAUGGUUCCCCGGCGCCCGACUCAAUUAUACAGAGAACCUGCUGUCUGUAGGGCUGGCCCAGCACCCUGAUUCAAUUGCCAUAUCAGCUUGCCUCGAGGCUGGGGUCAAUUGGCGGCACUCGAGCUGGGUACAGCUUCGGCGUCAAGUUGAACACUACGUCAGUGCCCUCGAAGCACUAGGUGUGACGACUGGCGACCGUGUUGCAGCCGUCUUGACCAACUCGCUCGAGGCAGUAGUUUUGCUUCUUGCUGCUGGGGCCAUCGGAGCCAUUUUCUCCUCUACUGCUCCCGAUAUGGGUGCUGAAGGUAUUGUUAACAGGUAUUCCCAAGUCCGACCUAAAGUUCUUUUCGUCGACACCGAGGUUGUAUAUGCGGGCAGGCGACGUGUCCUCAAGAACAGGAUGAUGGCCGCGGCAAGUAAAUUAAAGCAGCAGGUUCCAGAGCUCAGCCAAGUCGUCGUGGUCAGUGGUCCAGCUUGGACCAAUGGAUCAUGCAUGCGCAUGGAGGAAUUUCUCAACGUACCAAUCCGACCGUUACGAUUCAAGCAAUUGCCUUUCGAUCACCCCAUCUAUAUCCUUUAUUCCUCUGGUACAACCGGAGUACCAAAAUGCAUUUGCCACUCAGCGGGUGGAGCCCUCUUACUACAGAAGAAGGAGUUCAUCCUUGCCAGUAACAUGUCCUCUGACUCUGUCUAUUAUCAGUAUACUACCACUGGCUGGAUGAUGUGGAAUUAUCUAGUUGGAGCCCUUAGCGUUGGUGCUAGAAUCGUUCUUUAUGACGGGAGUCCGCUGUACCCGAGUCCAGUUGACCAGAUACGCCAACUGGAACAACAGGGGGUGACUCACUGGGGUACAAGCCCGAAGCUGCUAGCAGCAUUAAAGCAGUCGGCUCACAAACAGCGCUUCAUCUUGGACAGCCUCCAGCUAGUCAUCUCUUCUGGGUCACCCCUAUCGCCCGAGAUCUUCAGAUGGUUCUAUGAUACUUUCCCUGGCCAUGUUGGCCUUUUCAGCGGUUCUGGGGGUACAGAUCUUGUUGGUAGCUUUUUAACCGGUACCUUUCUUUCCACUAUACAUGAAGGGGAGCUCGCAGCCCCACAGUUAGGUAUGCGAAUUGAGAUCUGGGACCAGGAUGGUAAAAGCAUUGACGACACUGGUGACGCCGGAGAGCUCAUAAUCUCGACACCUUUUUUCAGCAUGCCAACCACAUUCUGGGGUGAAGAUGGGGACUCAAAGUACUAUAAGGCCUACUUUGAAAGAUUUCCCGGUGUUUGGUGUCACGGAGACUUUGUGAAAAGGAACCCAGCCACUGGAGGCUAUGUCAUCCUAGGGCGUAGCGAUGGAGUUCUUAACCCUGGAGGUGUUCGGUUUGGAACCUCCGAGCUCUAUAGCGUAGUGGACAAGUUCACCGACGUUGCAGAUUGUAUCGCAGUGGGACGCCGCCUCCAUGAAGGAGAUGACGAACAGGUCGUUCUUUUCUUGAAGAUGAAGGAACCGACCUUCAAUCAAACGGUGGACAAGAUCCGCGACGCCAUAAGACAGAAUUUAAGUCCUCGUCACGUCCCUGCGCGGAUCGUCGAAGCUAAAGAUAUCCCCUAUACACUCAACGGAAAGAAAAUGGAGACACUGGUCAGGGAUAUCCUUUGCAAACGGAAAAUUGGAAAUCUUGGAUCCGUGGCAAAUCCAGAGUGUCUGCGCGAGUAUGAGAAGUUUGCGGAUAUGCCCUUUGAGACUACGUCUGCAAGAUUGUGA